AGGAAUUAUAAUUGACCAAACGGGUUGCACGGGACUACGGACUCUGGACUCCCAAAGUCAUCACCUCUUUCUUCUUCCGGAAGAAAGGUUUCCUGGAUCCUGCUUCGCACUUCAUAUCAUCCCUUCGCCUCGAAUCAUCAGCAUCUGUCAAGCACUUCAAAACACAAAACAAAAAAUCAUUCUGAAUUCAUUCCCCAAUAGAAUGGAGGGCGAGGAUGAGAUCAAGCAGAAACUGCAAGAAUUGCAGAAACAGUUAGGGAAAAAGCAAUCGUUCGAGGAAGCGGUUUCCAAAGUCAGAUCUCUGCUGUGUCAAUAUUACCCGUCUGCUUCCCCUUCUCUCAGAACAUCGUUCUAUUCUGUCGUGUGUCGUGCUGCAACAAUUUUAAAGACAAGAUAUACAUCACCUGGGUUUUGGCAUGCUGGAUUACAACUUUUCCUUGAUGCUGAAAACCUUAUGUCCGAGUUUUCUGAGAGGAAACAUUUGCAGGACUGCAUUGCUCAAUCACGAAAUCACCUUGGUGAAGUGGAGAAUCAGUCUGAUAACUCAGCAUCUGUAGACAAUCGGCCGAGAGGAUUUCUAUUUGAGGGUCAUCUAACUGUAGAUCCUGAGCCUCCACAACCUGAUUGGCUUGUAAUGUCAAACCUUCUGAGUGCUGCGGUGACAUUGUCUAAUGGACAGUCUUCUGAAGAGCAUGCAGCCAACAGUAACACGUCAGAUGAUUCUAUUGUAACCAACCUACUUCAGCAACUGGCUGAUAGACAUGAGGACAUUAUCCCAAUGAUUUUGGAUGAUGCACCUGUUGUCCCUAGAGCACCUCCUGCUAGUAAAGAGGUUGUGGCAAAGCUUCCAGUUACUAUCGUUACAGAUGAAUUUUUAGCAAAGCUUGAUGCUAAUGCUGAAUGUGCCAUCUGCAAGGACAAUUUGGUUCGAAAUGAUAUGAUGCAAGAAUUGCCUUGCAAGCAUAUGUUUCACCCUCAUUGUCUGAAACCCUGGUUGGAUGAGCACAAUUCUUGCCCGAUCUGCCGUCACGAGUUGCAAACUGAUGAUCAUAAAUAUGAAAGUUGGAAGGAAAGGGAAAAGGAAGCAGAGGAAGAGAGGAAAGGAGCUGCAAAUGCUGUUCGCGAGGGUGAAUAUAUGUAUGUGUAGAUGUAAAAUAUUUGGCUCUAAAUUUGUAAUGUACGUUGUGUUAUUUUGCUGUUAUGAACCUUUCAAAAUGAACCUUGUAUGUGUUGAUCCACAACAAUAAAAAAAAACCCACUAUAUUCCUUGUGUUGAUGUAUUACUAACCCGUGCGUUGCACGACAAAAAAAAUUUUCCAGAACAAAAAUUUAAAAAUAUUUAAGUAUAAAUAAAUAUAAGUGAAUGCCAUGG